AUGAGAGUUAUUACAGCUUUGCUAGCUAGUUUGGUUGCUGUAGCAGCUAACCCUGCAUCCCAAAGGAUUGUUGGUGGAACAGCGACUACCAUCAAUCAAUAUCCUUCUAUCGUGGCUCUGCUGUACUCACAAAAUGGAAACUCUUUCCGGCAACAAUGUGGUGGCACAGUGCUCAAUAACAGAUCCAUUCUGACCGCUGCUCAUUGUCCAUUCGGCGACCAUACCUCCAGGUGGCGCGUCCGCGCAGGUUCUACCUUUGCGAAUCGAGAUGGCAACAUCUAUGUCAUAAGCAAUAUUAUCUACAAUCCCAAUUUCAACUUCCGAUCUAUGGACUCCGAUAUCGCUAUAUUACGUACCUCUGCUAAUAUUCCGUUCAGCAACGUAGUCCAGCCUGGUUCAAUUGCCGGUGCCAACUAUAACCUUGCCGAUAACCAAGUCGUUUGGGCUGCAGGAUGGGGCAGAACCAAAGAGACCGGUUCUGAGCAGCUUCGUCACGUUCAGGUCUACACUAUCAACCAGUCCAUCUGCCGUCAACGCUACGAAAGAGCAAGUCGCACCAUCACUCCUAACAUGUUGUGUUCUGGCGUCCUCGACGUCGGUGGCCGUGACCAAUGUGACGGUGACUUCGGUGGACCUCUCUACCACAACAAUGUGGUUGUUGGAGUCAGCUCCUUUGGCGUCAGUUGUGCUCAUAAAGAUUACCCUGGUGUCAAUGUGCGUGUAUCUCGUUUCACCCGGUGGAUUCAAAACAAUGCUUAAACAACGGUUCUGAAUAAAUUGAUUAUUAUUUAAA